GACGAAUUGACAUUACAUUGACAGUUAAUAUAACCUUUAAAUAAAAAAUCGUUCUACACAUUCUCAGAAUUUUCAAAAUCGCAAAAUAUAAUAUAGUUUUCUAUAUAUGUAACGUGAUUAGGUACUGCAAAUAUGAAGUUAUCUAUAGAACAAAUCUACACGUCUAUUGGCUGCAACCGUAUACCUGAAAUAGUCGAUUGGAACAGUGAAGGGCUAGUUUGUUUUGGUGCUUCUCACGCUGUUGUUAUUUACAAUACGAAUCAGAAAGAAAAGGAUCCUCAUACAGUAUGUCAUCACCACACGUCUAGAGUGAAUUCCGUGAAAUGGCUUCGUAAACCACAAAAUGAGUCGUGCACAGAAUUUGUAUCUUGUUCUGCAGACAAGACUGCUGCCAUUUGGACUCUAUGCAAUGGUGUUUGGGAAGUGACUGGCAAGUUGGUCGGUCACACUAACGGAAUCACAUGUAUAUAUGGACUAUACACUGAAGGGGAUGACCUGAUUCUAUUUACAGGUUCAAUUGAUUCCACUGUCAAAGUUUGGGAAAGAAUUGAUGGAAGCACAACCCUCAAACAGACUAUCAGCCUAAACUCUGGACUCUGCCUCACACUUCAUGUGCAUCUCCUGCCAGUUGUAAACAAACCUGUGCUGUUUUGUGCACUUGAUGACCAUAAGAUACAUGUGUUUGCUGGAGAUGAAGAGUAUCACAGAGUACACACUAUAAUUGGGCAUGAAGAUUGGGUGAGGGGCCUUGAUGUUUUAGAUGUAGAUGACUCCUCAAUUAUGCUGGCUUCAGCUUCUCAAGACACAUACAUCAGACUUUGGUGUAUUCAACAGCAUAUUCAAACACAACCCACAGCUGAGAUCAGGGUUGAAGAGAAGGUGUUCCAGGCUUAUGAGCAGAACUGGUCAGUGAAGCUGGAAGCUGUUCUAGCUGGACAUGAAGGCUGGGUGUAUGGGGUUCAAUGGCAUCCAUAUGUUAUUGAUCAAGAUACAAAUAGAAAGCAACCAGUAUACCGGCUUCUUUCAUCAUCCUUGGAUAAGACCCUAAUAGUGUGGGAACCGGAAGCGGGGGGUGAUCGGGGGGAGGGGGGAGCGUGGGUGGAGAGAGUGCGGGUCGGGGAAGUGGGGGGCAAUGGGCUAGGCUUCUACGGCAGCAGGUUCGGACCGAAUGGCACGUCGUUCAUGGGACACGGAUACAAUGGAUCAUUCCAUAUAUGGAAUUUGUCUGAGGAGUCGGGACAGUGGCAGCCGUCAGUAGUGUGUGGAGGACACUUCGGUAGCGUAGAAGACGCGCGCUGGGAACCGCAGGGCCGCUAUCUGGUGUCAGUCUCAACUGACCAGACUACGCGACUGCACGCGCCCUGGGGCAGGCCUGGCCAUCAGCCCGAGUGGCACGAGAUAGCCCGGCCCCAAGUGCAUGGCUACGACCUGGCGUCGCUGGCUAUAGUAGACGCUACAACCUUCGUCUCCGCCGCCGAAGAAAAAGUCAUCAGGGUAUUUCGAGCGCCGCACAACUUCUUGCAGAACUACAGGAACAUCGUGGGAGAGGCGCUUGUCGACGAAGCUAAUGCUAACAUAGCAGAGGGUGCUUCUGUGCCUUCGCUGGGGCUCUCGAACAAAGCUGUGUUCAGCGAGGGCCCCGGUGAUGAUGACGACGGAUACUUCGUGCCAGCCAACCUCACUGAACCGCCGACAGAGGAGAGCCUCAUGCAGAACACUUUAUGGCCGGAGACGCACAAAUUGUACGGGCACGGUUACGAGGUGCACGCACUCGCCGCUACUGCCGACGUCUUAGCGUCUGCUUGUAGGGCGACCACUGCGGCGCAUGCGGCUGUACUCCUGUGGGACACAACGAGCUGGCAACAGAUACAGGAACUGGUGUCGCAUCAACUGACAGUGACUCAACUAGAGUUCUCGCCAGACAGCCAGCGUCUCGUGUCCGUAUCGCGCGACCGACGAUGGACCUUAUAUCAGAGGCGGCAAGGUUCAAAGUUGUUCGACGUCGUCGCCACCACGGACAAAACUAACGGAGUGCACACGCGUAUUAUAUGGUGCUGCGCUUGGGCGAUUGAUAGUACGAUGUUUGGAACAGGAUCGAGAGAUGGGAAGGUGUGUUUAUGGUCCAAGACCAACAACAAGACAGACUCUUCAAUCGGCGAGUACGGAUUGGUGGGAUCUCCCCUAGAAGUGAAUAUUUCAGUCACAGCAAUAGCAUUCGCGCCCGUGGAAUCUGAAAGCAAGAUUAUAGCUAUUGGCUUUGAAACGGGCAAAAUUAGGAUAUACGGGUUUUCUGAAACCUGGAGUCUUCUACGCGAAAUGGAUAAUAGCGCUGCGCACCACCUGACAGUGAGCCGACUGGCUUUCCGUCCUCGCCGGCUCGAAGCCACGCGGCUCGAAGCUACGCGGCUCGAAGCUACACGGCUCGAGCUGGCCAGCUGCGGCGCCGACCAUUUCCUCAGAAUACACGCUAUCACUGUUACCCGAUAAUAAAUAUAUAUAUUGUAAAUGUUCAAUCGACUUUUAAUUU